AUGUGUGCAUCCCACGAGGUCAAACCGGUCCAUCAUCUAUCCAACACAAGACGAGAGUUGAGAGACCACGACAACAACAUGCAGAAACUUCUGGUGCUCCUCGUCGUUUGCUGUCUGAUGUACCCGACGAUGGCACAAUACGGCUACGGAUACAGUCCGUACGGAUACGGAGGGUACGGUGGCGGAUACGGUGGCGGAUAUGGAUAUCGCCCGUAUGGCGGAUACGGAAUGUACGGCGGCGGCGGAAACCCCGUCGGCGGUAUGCUGCAAGGCGCACUAAUGGGAGGAAUGAUGGGCGCCAUGAUGGGUCGA